GACACAGCCAGAGCACUGAGAGAUAUCAGGUAUUGAUGUAACUGGAGUGAAUAAGGGAACCUUCUUCCUGAUCACAGACAUUGGAGCCUGUUAUCAGCAUGAACUCAUAUGUGUCAGACAAACACCUGAAUAGUUCAUAUCCAUCCUUCAUUACAGGAAGCAUCAGUUUAAUACCACAAACUCCAAAAGUCUUAAACACUAAUGACCAUUCACAAACAUUGGGGAAAUCAAAACAGAUAUUUAAAGGAGAUGGAGAAUUUGCAGGAACUGGGCAGCAAUCAGUGUGCACAGAGAGUAAUUUAGUCAUCAAACAAGAGGACAACAUUUAUGCCUUUUCUAGUGAAAUGAUUAUCCCCAACGAUAAACCACAAACAUUUACUGAGAUUUCAAAACAUUUUAAAGAAGGUAAAAGUGCAGUCUAGCCAAAUGGUUCAUACAAAGGAGAAACAUUUCACAUCUACAGAAUGUGGGAAAAGCUUCAAAUUGAACUCAAAUCUCUUAAAACACCAAAAAAUUCAUACAGGUGAGAAGCCUCACUUCAAACAAAUGUCAAACAUUAUAGCUCAUGAGAUGACCCACACAGGGAAGAAACCAUUCAGUUGUGCAGAGUGUGGAGUACAGUUUUCACGAAAAUCCCAUCUCUUAACCCACAAAAGGAUUCACACAGGAGAAAAACCUUUCGUUUGUACAGAAUGUGGGAAAAUGUUUACAGACAAUUCAUCUUUCAGAAGACACCAACUUAUUCACACAGGGGAAAAACCGUUUACAUGUGCAGAAUGUGGGAAAUGUUUUUCACUAAAGAGUAGGCUAAAAAUUCAUGAAAGCAGUCACACAGGGGAAAAACCUUUUACAUGUGCAGAAUGUGGGAAAAGUUUUACAUUAAAGAGUAGGCUGAAAAUUCAUGAAAUGAGUCACACAGGAGGUAAGCCUUUCACAUGUACAGAGUGUGGAAAACAUUUUUCACAAAUUAAUUAUCUGAAAAGUCAUGAAAUGAUUCACACAGGGGAAAAAAUUUUCAAAUGCACAGAGUGUGGGAAAAGUUUUACACACAAGAGUAAUCUAAAAACUCAUGAAAGGAUUCACACAGGGGAAAAGCCUUUCGUAUGUACAGAAUGUGGAAACAGUUUUACACACAUAAAUAGUCUGAAAACUCAUGAAAGGAGUCACACAGGGGAAAAACCUUUCACGUGUACAGAGUGUGAAAAAAGUUUUACACACAUAAUUAGUCUGAAAACUCAUGAAAUGAUUCACACAGGGGAAAAACCUUUCACAUGUACAGAGUGUGAAAAAAGUUUUACUGAAAAAAGUAAACUGAAAAAUCACGAAAGGAUUCACACAGGAAAAAAACCUUUCACAUGUACAGAGUGUGGAAAAAGUUUUACACAAAUUAGUCAUCUGAAAACUCAUGAAAGGAUUCACACAGGAGAAAAGCCUUUCACAUGUACAGAGUGUGGAAAAAGUUUUACACAAAUGAGUAGUCUGAAAAAGCAUGAAAGGAUUUACAAAGGAAGAAACCUUUCACAUGUUUAGAAACUGGAAAAAGGUUUCUAUGCGAGUCAGGUAUCACAAAUCACCAAAUAUUAACACACAAAAGAAACUUUAUAAAUAGUGUAGAAACAUUUUUUUUAAAAGUAUCCUGAAGAGGACAAACGCUCUAAAUAGAAGAAUCAAGAAAUGAUCCUAUUGUAAAUAAUAGUUUAUAAUUCCCAGUUACAAAAGCCACUACAAUUAUUAACAUCUGGGAUAUAUAUUUAAUGUGCACAUCAUGUGGCUAAACCUUUUCUGAUAGCAGUAGAUUCUUAGCAUUGUACAUGUUAGGUACUAAAGGAAUUACUGGGCGGAAACCAGUGACGUGCGGUGGGGUCAGAGGCGGGUGAGGCAUUAGCCAUGAUACGCCAGAGAAACACAUAUAUUAACCCAAUAGAGGAAACUUAAAUUAAACUAAAGCAUUGUUUCUCAACCGUGGUCCUCAAGUAUUCCCAACAGGCACGGUUUUCAUUAUAGCUGAACCAGUACACAGGUAAAAUAAUCAGUUGAUGGAUGAGAGCAAGUUAGUAACCAUGGUGUUACUGACUUGCUGAUUACUUCACCUGUGCACCGAUUCAGCUAUAAUGAAAACCUGACCUGUUGGGGGUACUUGAGGACCGUCGUUGAGAAACAAUUCUGUGGCACAGUACCAGUUACUUAGAAAUUACUACUGUGUUGUAAAAAGACAAAUAAUUUACUAUGGUAAUAAUAAUAAGAUAAUUUACUAUGGUAAUGGUAGGUCUGCAUGCAAUGUCUUUUUCAGCUUCUCACACUAAGAGUGGAUUUGUGGCACCUCUUAGUAUGCUAAGAGGUGCCACAAAUCCACUCAGUGCGAGAAGCUGGAAAAGACAUUGUAUGCUUCCCUGCUCAAUGGAGCACACACAAACUGACCUUACAAAACUUUUAGCCUAACAAUGGAUUGCUAAAUAGAGUUUAAAAGGUGCAAACUCCAAUACCAGCAGAUAAAAUGCAUAUCUUAAACACAGCUGCAAUACCAGCAGAUACAAUGUUGUAUAUAUGACUGAUCAUGUGUGUGUUUGUAAGUGUGACUGUUGUCUGUAUGUUUGUUAGUGUAUUUGUGUGACAGUGAUGUGGUUAGUGUAUUUGUGUGUUUGUAGAUGUCACUGUGUGUAUGCAUGACUGUGAUGUGUGUGUUUGUAAGUGUGACUAUGUGUUUGUAGGUUUGUUAGUAUAUUUGUGUGACUGUGAUGUGUGUGUUUGUAAGUGUAACUGUGUGUUUGUAGGUUUGUUAGUGUAUUUGUGUGACUGUGUUGUGUUUGUUAGUGUAUUUGUAGGUGUGGGUGUAUGUCAGUGUGACUGAGAUGUGUGUGUAUUUGUAAGUGACUGUGUGUUUGUAGGUUUGUUAGUGUAUUUGUGUGUGACUGUGUUGUGUUAGUGUAUUUGUGGGUGUAUUCGUGACUGUGAUGUGUGUGUUUGUAAGUGUUACUGUGUUGUGUGUGUGUUAGUGUACUGUAUUUGUGUGUUUGUAAGUGUUACUGUGUUGUGUGUGUGUUAGUGUACUGUAUUUGUGUGUUUGUAAGUGUGACUGUGUUUUUGUAUGUUUGUUAGUAUACUGUGCUGUGUGUGUUUGUGUGACUGCAUUGUGUGUUUGUUAGUGUAUUGGUGUGACUGUGCUUGUAAGUGUGACUGUGCUUUGUGUGUAUUUGUGUGUUUGUGUGUGUGUAUAUGUUUGCAAGUGUGAGUGUGUUGUGUGUGCUUGUUUUAAAUUUCUAAAUUUGUAUUAGAUCUGCAAUCAGUAAAAGACCUUAAAAUAAAUCCCUAAAGAGAAAACAAAAAUAUAACUCCCACUUAUAUACCUGAGCUCCUCAUUUUUAUAACUAUUAAAAACAAAUAAACCUAAACAUCAAAAAUACACUAAACAAGAAAUUUUCUCUGCAUACAACAAAAUAAGGGUUAAGGAUUUUAGAGCACAAUCUUUUUUUUUUUCCCCAAUUCUCUUUAUUGAGAAGAUGCAGAUUGACAUAAAAUCAAAAAAUGUUACAGUGUGAGGGGAAAAAAGUGUAAGUUUCUCCCCCCCCCCCCAAUUUCCUUCUCUUAUUAAAAAAAAACAAAAUAAAAAUUCAUUAAGAGCAA